AUGAACUUCUCGAUUGCGCCCGUGACGGCCACGAUGCCGACCGCUUUACCAUCCAACUCUUCUCUGGAGAACGUCAGCCAGGCGUCCUCUCCCUCGUCCAGAUCUCCUCCUCUACUUCCUCACUCGCAGGUGGCGUCGGUGUUCAUCGUCCUGGUGGUCACGGUCAUCAUCCUGGGGACCGUAGUGGGUAACGUGCUGGUCGUGGUGGCGGUGUUCACCAGCCGAGCCCUGCGUGCACCUCAGAACCUCUUCCUGGUGUCCCUGGCAUCGGCGGACAUACUGGUGGCGACCCUGGUCAUCCCCUUCUCCUUGGCUAAUGAGGUUAUGGGCUACUGGUACUUUGGUUCCACCUGGUGCUCCUUCUACCUGGCUCUGGAUGUCCUCUUUUGCACUUCCUCCAUCGUCCAUCUCUGCGCCAUCAGCCUCGACCGCUACUGGUCUGUCACUAAAGCCGUCAGCUACAACCGCAAACGGACGCCCAAACGGAUUAAAGCGAUGAUCAGCGUCGUGUGGCUCAUAUCUAUCGUCAUCUCUUCGCCGCCGCUCCUCAUGACGCAGAAAGAGGAGACUUGGGAUUUGACAGAUGACGAGGGCGACGACACGCACAGGCAGGAGUGUCUUCUCAACAACCAGACGUGGUACAUCCUGUCCUCCUGCCUCGUGUCUUUCUUCGCCCCGGGAGUCAUCAUGAUACUCGUUUAUUGUAAGAUCUACCACGUCGCCAAGCAGAGGGCCUCUACCGUGUUCGUGGCGAAGAACGUGAUGGAGCGGCAACCGUCGCAGUCCGAGACCUGCUUCGAGGGCACCGCCAGGACUUGCCAAAGAAAGGGAGGUGGGAUCUGCGGGAAACCCCAGUACGAGCUGGACAGCCCGCGGCCCGUGAAGCGAAACAGCUCCUCCAACAUAGACAGCAACAGCAGCAGUAACAAGAGAGGAGAACUGGAUGAUAUUGACUUAGAGGAGAGGAGCUGCGAGAUAAAAACCACCUCCUCGUUUCCCUCUUCACUCCGCUUCCCCAGGAGAGCCGCCGUGAGGGUGAAAACGGAUGAGGGGAAUGACGCUGAGGGGACAGCAAACAGAUUGAAGCCUCCUCCUUCCUGCGCUUCAAUAUCAUGGGCAUCAUCUGACCACUGCUCCCACUUCCUCCUCCCUUCUCCUGUGUCUCUGCGUAGCCGACAGAUGUCUCUGUCCAAAAACAAAGUGGCACAAAUGAGGGAGAAGCGCUUUACGUUUGUUCUGGCAGUGGUGAUGGGUGUUUUUGUCCUGUGCUGGUUCCCGUUCUUCUUCACUUACAGCCUCCAUGCCGUCUGCAGGGAGAACUGCACGAUCCCCGACACGCUCUUCAACCUCUUUUUCUGGAUCGGUUACUGCAACAGCUGCGUGAAUCCCAUCAUAUACACUAUUUUUAACCGAGACUUCAGGAGGGCCUUCAAGAAGAUUUUAUUCCCAACUCAUAAACGAACAUAA